CUUCCCAUUCAUGAAGGAGAUGCGCCCAUCGAUCUGUCGAUGUUGUGAUGUGCUUGAUGGUAAAACCGGUAUCUUGCGAGGAAUGUCAAAGCCAGGAGGUUGCGAUGGUCGGGUCUCGAAUGAGCGUCUCUCUCCUCCUCCUCCUCCGCCGCCGCUACCAUGUCCAUUCAAGACUCGGGACAAGUGAGCGACUUCUCCAGCGACGAGAAGGCGGCGAUUCGCACGAUAUGGAAGAACGUUUACGAGAAGUACGAGGACGCGGGCGUUGCCAUUCUCUCGAGGCUGUUUGUGAGUCACCCGGGCGUCAAGGAGUUCUUCCCCAAGUUCGGGGAGCUACGCACGACGGAGAGCAUGAGAAAGUCCCCGGCGCUGCGCUGGCACGGCGAGAGGAUCAUCAACGCCAUCAACGACGCCGUCGAGGAGCUGGACGUGCCGGCCAUGCAGAGGCUGCGCCUGAGGCAGCUGAGCCAGAGGCACGCCACGGAGUUCAACGUCGAGCCGCAGUACUUUAAGGAGAUAUCUCUCAUCAUCCUGGCGUACCUGGAGGAGACUUCUGGAAAAGACUUCACGGUUGACGUCAAAGCUUCGUGGGCAAAAUUUCUCAGUCUAAUUUGCAUUGAGCUCAAAUUUGCAUAUUAAAAGGGUUACACCUCACGCACACGCACUGCUCUAGGAGAUGAACAGGGUAGAAACCCCAUGCGUUCCCAUGGAUUCUACAACGCCGUCCAAGAUGCGUUCGUCCUCGGAAGUUGACAAGCGGUACGCAAGCUGAUUGGGGCUGUCAGUGCAUAAAAAAACGAUUUGCAUUUUCAAAAAUAGUCAAUUUAGCGCUUGAUGCGCUCUAAACACAACAACAAUGACAACAGCCGCUAUUCGCCACUGAGUGGCUGCGACGUCACCACGGCGCUUGUGCCAGGCUAGGUGCACUUAACACACACACAAAGACAAACACACACGUACGCAGAUGACUCCCGGGGAAAUGUUACGUGAGUGCCUAGUAAGCUCAGCACGGCAUAUGAGUGAAUGGUGUGGCCGGAACCACGCGCAGCCAUCUUGCCCUCCCCUGUGCUGAUGUUGGCAACCCGAUUCGCGCUCUUCGUCCUCAGUGCCACUGGUUUCACAAUUAAAGUCUCGAACCAAUCCGGA